UGGGUAGCGAGUAAACUGUCGUAUUAUUUUCCAUUAAUACAAUUCCAUAUUCAAUGUUUCCCUUAGUGGCCCCUAAUCUCUUCAACCAAACAAGUCCUUAGUUCCCAAAUCAAAACCCCAUCAUGAUCAUCACGAAAUCAAACGGCUGUGAUGCAAAAUCAAACUCCAAAUAACCUGUUCAAUGAUGUACUCUAAUAUUACCCCAAAAUUUUUGAUUGCUUUGCUGCCUAUAAAAUUGAAUCUUUCCCUCUAUAUUCUCUCCAAUUUUUCAAGGCUGCUCGAAAGAGAGAUAGAGAGAGAGAGUCUCUUCUCUGCUAUUUGCUCUCUUUCAGAAACCCUAAAGAUAUAUUUGAUCAUCGCAAGAAUCUUCUAGGUUACUGCUUCAAAUAAAAGAUGGAGAAAGAGGCAGUGGGGUCCCGUCGUUUACCACCACCACCACCAAUUAUACCACCCACUGUAAAGCCAGAAAAACUGGUCACUCCUGAGCGUUCUAUAAUCAGUAGGCGCGGGUUUGGUAGUGCUGGGCGACGCAUUUCAUUGCUGACAAAUCACUUUAAAGUUUCUGUCAAAUCCCCCAAUGAAAUAUUUUACCAGUAUAGUGUUUCUAUUAGUUCGGAGGAUAAGAGAGUUGUCGAGAACAAGGGAAUAGGGAGAAAAAUUAUUGAUAAACUUUACCAAACGUACUCUUCUGAACUUGCUGGGAAGAAAUUUGCAUACGAUGGAGAAAAAACUUUGUACACAGUGGGGCCUCUACCGCAAAACAUUUCAGAGUUCACAGUGGUGCUUGAGGAGUCAUUUGCAAAACGUGGGAGCCCUCCUCACAAUGGGAGCCCUAGUGAAUCUAGUAAAAGGUCAAAGCGUUCGUUUCAGUCAAAAUCUUUUAAUGUGGAAAUCAAUUACGCUGCGAAAAUACCCUUGAAGUCCAUUUCUCUUGCCCUCCAAGGAUCCGAGGUGGAAAAUAUUCAAGAUGCACUAAGAGUGCUAGAUAUUAUAUUGCGGCAGCAAGCAGCUAACAGGGGUUGCCUUUUGGUGAGGCAGUCAUUCUUUCAUGACGACUCGAGGAAUUUCACUAAUGUUGGAGGAGGUGUAACUGGCUGUCGGGGGUUCCAUUCCAGCUUUCGUCCAACUCAUGGUGGUUUAUCCUUGAAUAUGGAUGUGUCCACAACUAUGAUUUUAACACCUGGACCUGUGAUUGAUUUUCUUCUGGCCAAUCAGAAUGCACGGGAACCUCGUAAUAUUGACUGGGCAAAGGCUAAGAAAAUGCUAAAAAAUAUGAGGGUUAAGACAAGGCACAGCAACAUGGAAUUUAAGAUCAUAGGCUUGAGUGAAAAGCCUUGCAAUCAGCAAUUUUUUUCUUUGAAAGUGAGGAAUGCUGAUGGUGGAUAUGGAGGGGAAGCUUUAGAGAUUACCGUGUAUGAUUAUUUUACCAAACACCGUAACAUUGAACUUACUUAUUCCGCUUUCAUGCCAUGCCUUGAUGUUGGAAAACCAAAACGGCCCAACUAUCUUCCGCUAGAGCUUUGUACCCUUGUAUCUCUUCAGCGUUAUACGAAGGCUUUAUCUUCAAUGCAGAGAGCAUCUUUAGUUGAAAAGUCGAGGCAAAAGCCUCAGGAACGAAUACGAGUUGUGACUGAUGCUUUGAAAACUUACCGUUAUGAUGAUGACCCUCUCUUUGUUGCUUGUGGCAUUUCAAUUGAGAAACAGCUUACCCAGGUUGAUGGCCGUGUCCUUGAAGCACCAAAGUUGAAGGUUGGUAAUGGUGAAGAUUGCAUACCUCGUAAUGGACGAUGGAAUUUUAACAACAAGCAACUCUUCACCCCCAUCCGAAUAGAACGGUGGGCAGUUGUCAACUUCUCUGCUCGUUGUGAUACAAGUCAUCUUUCCCGAGAACUUAUAAACUGUGGAAGGAACAAGGGCAUUAAUAUUGAACGUCCGCAUACUCUAGUUGAGGAAGAUCCACAAUAUAGAAGGUCUAGCCCCAUAGUUCGAGUAGAAAAGAUGUUUGAACUGAUCACUGGUAAACUCCCAGGCCCCCCUCAGUUUCUUCUCUGUGUCUUGCCAGAGAAGAAAAAUUCUGAUAUUUAUGGACCAUGGAAGAAGAAAAGUCUGAGUGACUUUGGAAUAGCCACUCAAUGUAUUUCACCUACUAAGAUCAAUGAUCAGUAUCUAACAAACGUCCUUCUGAAGAUCAAUUCCAAGCUUGGAGGUACAAAUUCCUUGCUGGCCAUAGAGCAUGCCUCUCGUGUCCCCCUGAUAAAAGAUACUCCGACUAUGAUAUUGGGGAUGGAUGUCUCUCAUGGGUCUCCUGGUCGAUCAGAUAUUCCAUCGAUAGCUGCGGUUGUUGGAUCUCGAUCUUGGCCGCUGAUAUCGAGGUAUAGAGCAGCUGUACGAACACAAUCGUCAAAGGUGGAAAUGGUUGAAUCUUUGUUCAAACCUUUAGCAAAUGGAAAGGAUGAUGGUAUUAUGAGGGAACUGCUUGUGGACUUCUAUCAAACGAGCAAUGGACGCAAACCAGCUCAGAUCAUCUUAUUCAGGGAUGGAGUGAGCGAAUCGCAAUUUAAUCAAGUUCUGAACACUGAGCUGGAUCAAAUGAUUAAGGCUUACCAGCAUCUUGGCGAGGCCACAAUUCCCAAGUUCACGGUUAUUGUGGCUCAAAAGAAUCACCACACAAAGCUAUUUCAAUCUGGGGCCCCUGAAAAUGUUCCUCCUGGUACUGUGGUUGACACAAAAGUUGUUCAUCCAAGGAACUAUGAUUUUUACAUGUGUGCUCAAGCAGGGAUGAUAGGAACUUCUCGGCCUGCACAUUAUCAUGUCUUGCUUGAUGAGAUUGGUUUCUCUCCUGAUGACCUGCAGAACCUUAUCCUCUCACUAUCAUAUGUGUACCAAAGGAGUACUACUGCAAUCUCAAUAGUGGCACCUGUCUGUUACGCCCACCUUGCAGCCCAACAAAUGGGGCAAUUCAUCAAGUUUGAGGAAUUCUCCGAAACAUCUUCAGGGCAAAAGAGCCUCACAUCCGUGGGAAGUCCUGCAGUUCCUGAGCUGCCGAGAUUGCAUGAUAAUGUUGCGGGUUCUAUGUUCUUUUGCUGAGCCGAUGAUAACGUUUGCAGGCGUAGGUACAUACUGGGUAUAUGUGAUUAGUUUCGUUAAAUCUGUAGAUACUCGGGUGGUAUAGGGUGUAUACAGGAGACCCCAAGUGCUUAUUCUGGGGUAUUAGAACUAGGUAAUCAAGCAACUCUCAGAUUGGUUUUGGACAGUUAUCGCAUUUACUUGAUUAGGGUUAAGUACUUUUUAAAGAAAAAUCAGCAUAGGUAAUCAUGACCAAUUGAUGGUUUCAGUAGUAGUUUGCAUGUUAGAAAGUGCUAAUACUGUUGUCUCGCCAGUCUUGUUUGGCUGUUAAAUAUGCACUUUUACAUGCUAUUAUGCAUUGGAGGUUUUUAAGUAAUCAAGUUCUCAGAUUCGAUUUUCUUAAA